CAGGCCGCCGCCGGGCGGGGCGCUCGGCAGCGGGGGAGGCGGUGCCGCGGCAGCUGCCGCCCAGGUACGCGCUGCCUGGCGCAGGUGCUUAAAUAGCGGCGCCGGCUGCGCUGCGGCAGUCUUCCGCACUGCGGCCAGAAUGGAACCAAAAGUCUUUGGUUUAUCUGCUCUUGCAGUUAUAUAGGACGGGAAGCCAAUUCAAGGAGAGAAACAGAAAAGUCUUUAUUGCCUGGGGAAGGAGAAGCAAGAUUUAUGUGCUUUGAAAAGAUCUACUGUAGUGUUCUGCCUCUUAACAGGGGAAAAAUAACCAUACAAACUUAACCUGCUGGAGGAGGUUCUGUUGUCAUGUAUCCAGUGGCUGUUCCUGCCCCAGGAGGUGAAGGAAAUAAUGGACAACAUGGGAAAGUUAUUUUUUUCCUUUUUGUUUUUGGAGCUGUGUUGCUCUGUGCUGGAUUCCUGCUUUCAGUCUUUAUUCUCCAGUCUUGUCCAUCCGGAACCUUCAGUGACUGUAAUGGGGUCCUUAAGGCUGCUGGGCCAGUGCUGGCUGUGACUGGGCUCGUUUGUGUUUUACUGGCACGAUCAAGGGCCAGGCUGUAUAUAAGACAAAGACAAUUGCAAAAUGAGCAGGUGUACAGCCUUGUUUUUUGUCGCGGGAGCUGUCAGUUUGCCCAGUUUCUCAUAUUUGGGUUCCUGUUUUUAACUAGUGGAAUGCUAAUCAGCAUCCUGGGCAUUUGGGUUCCUGGCUGCAGCCCCAGCUGGCACAGCAUACAGCUCAACUACACCAGCAGUUCUGAUGUGGACAUCCAGGGCUGUGGAUUCUUGUCACUUCAAAUCAUGGGACCUUUGAUUGUGCUCACUGGGUUGUGUUUCUUCGUGAUAGCUCAUGUUAAAAAGAAACAAAACUUAAAUCUCAACCAAGAAUCUUGCGAAAGCGAAGAACAUCCUCAGAGCCCUGAAUCUUUUCAGGUUACAGUAGGUGAUGCUGUAAUGGUAUUCCCACCUCCACCACCUCCUUAUUUUGCCGACCCUCUCUCACCAACUGUGACACGUUGUCUUAUGUCAGGUGGUUUGCCUACAAGCGAUAAUCCUCCACCAUACCACUCUAUCUUCAGUGAUGGAGCACAGCUUGCAGAUGAUGAAAGAGCAGUUGCUGUUAGAGACUAUGAAACCAUAUAUACAAUUUCUGGAAGCGGUUCACCUUCAGAUGUUUCACCAAUUCUAUACGUCUCCUCGGAAUCGCCUCCAAAAUAUGAAGAAAAAGCAUCAAUAACAAAUAACGAAUAUUCUUCAUCUUCUUCUUCAUCUUCUUCAUCCAUUUCCUUAGCCACAUCUGACAGCAGUUCAUAGAGGACUGUCAGUUAGACUUCAUUUUUAAAUUAAAUUGUACACUCAGAUGUAUGAUUUUGGAAUUUAUUUACAUUUUGUAAUAAAAGCAGUAAUGUUG